AACCUCUAUCUAUAAUCUAUCUACACCUAUUCUCAUCACUCACAACAAACUUUCUAAACAUAAUUCCAAUUUUCUUUUCCUUUUUUUCUAAAUUCCUACCUCAUCCAAUCAAAUUACAAGAAUUGAUAUACUCAAAAUUCUACUUCGUUUCCUCAACUAUUUCAUCAAAAAAUUUAUUAUUUUUAGGAGAGGCUCUCUUUGUUUUCUUUCCUUAAUUUACAACAAGUUCUGUCCAUUCAUGACAACAGCAAUCUCUUGUUUUGUUGCUGUUUCUUCUCUUAGCUGUUUUCCUUCUGUAUUACAACUAUCUAUCUUCCUGUUUUUAUCUUUUCAUUCACUCUUUCCACCCACUUCUCUCUCUCUCUCUCUAACCUUAUCUACAAUCAAGUUUUAACCUUUCUUCUUUUCUUUAUUCUUAUCACUUAUCACUUAUUCUUCACCGUUUCACCCUUCACCUCUUCCCUUUUCAUACUUUUGUCAUUUUUUUAUUAACAACUAGUUAUCAUCUAUUAUUUAUCUGACCCAGAACUCAAAAUGUUUUCUUUUUGUUUUUGUCAUUUCAUACACACUCUUUGUUUGUGAGAUGAGAUGAAACGGUGGUGAUAGUGGUUGCAAGAUUGGAUUUUUUUUUAAUGUGUGGAACAAUGUUUAUGUUGUGUUGAUUUUGGACUUUGUUUGAGUGAGAAAAAUGGUUUCAAGAUCUUAUUCAAAUCUACUAGAGCUUGCUUCUGGUGAGUCUCCAACUUUUGAACAGAUUAAUAGGAGGAUUCCUAGGAUUAUGACUGUUGCUGGUUUGAUAUCUGAUGUUGAUGAUGAUGACCCUUUGGAGAGUGUGUGUUCUGAUCCUUCUUCUUCAUCUGUUCAAAGAGAAAGGAUCAUAAUUGUGGCUAAUCAGUUACCUAUAAAGGCUCAGAGGAAGCAAGAUGGUGGUAAUAGUAACAGGAGUAAUUGGUUUUUCAGUUGGGAUGAGAAUUCACUUCUGCUUCAACUCAAAGAUGGGUUAGGAGAUGAUGAUAUUGAGGUUAUUUAUGUUGGUUGUCUUAAGGAAGAUGUUCAUCUGAAUGAACAAGAUGAGGUUUCACAGAUACUUCUUGAGAGCUUUAAAUGUGUUCCAGUUUUUCUCCCUGGUGAUAUGUUUACAAGAUACUAUCAUGGCUUUUGCAAGCAACAGUUAUGGCCACUGUUUCAUUACAUGUUGCCUUUGUCACCAGACCUUGGUGGUAGGUUCAAUAGGUCACUGUGGCAGGCUUAUGUAUCAGUCAACAAGAUAUUUGCUGAUAGGAUUAUGGAAGUGAUUAACCCUGAAGAUGAUUAUGUUUGGAUUCAUGAUUAUCAUCUCAUGGUUUUGCCAACUUUCUUGAGGAAAAGGUUUAAUAGAGUGAAACUUGGAUUUUUUCUACAUAGUCCUUUUCCUUCCUCAGAAAUUUACAAGACAUUGCCUAUUAGGGAAGAGCUUUUGAGAGCCCUUUUGAAUUCUGAUUUGAUUGGUUUCCAUACUUUUGAUUAUGCAAGACAUUUUCUCUCAUGUUGUAGUAGGUUGCUUGGUCUUACCUAUGAAUCUAAAAGGGGUAAUAUUGGGAUUGAAUAUUAUGGUAGGACAGUUAGUAUCAAGAUUCUUCCUGUUGGCAUACACAUGGGCCAGCUUCAAUCAGUUCUGAGCUUAUCAAAGACUGAAGAGAAAGUUUCUGAGCUCAUAAGACAGUUUUCUGAUAAUGGAAAGAUAAUGUUACUUGGUGUGGAUGACAUGGAUAUCUUCAAAGGGAUAAGUUUGAAGCUAUUAGCCAUGGAGCAGCUUCUUAUUCAGCAUCCUGAGUGGCAUGGAAAGGUUGUGUUAGUUCAGAUAGCCAAUCCUGCAAGAGGGAAAGGGAGGGAUGUGAAGGAAGUUCAAGAAGACACUAAGGCGACGGCGAAGCGGAUUAAUGAAGCAUUUGGUAAACCUGGUUAUGAUCCUGUCAUUCUGAUUGAGGAACCGUUAAGGUUUUAUGAAAAAGUUGCAUAUUAUGUUGUGGCCGAGUGUUGUUUAGUGACUGCGGUUAGGGAUGGAAUGAAUCUCAUACCAUAUGAGUAUAUAAUCAGUCGUCAAGGAACUGAAAAAUUGGAUAAAGUUUUGGGAAUAGGUUCGUCUCUUAAGAAAAGCAUGCUGGUUGUGUCUGAGUUUAUUGGUUGUUCGCCGUCUUUAAGUGGAGCUAUUAGAGUGAAUCCAUGGAAUAUUGAUGCGGUAGCAGAUGCGAUGGACAUGGCUUUGGAAAUGGCUGAUUCAGAGAAACAGCUUAGGCAUGAGAAGCAUUAUCGAUAUGUUAGUACUCAUGAUGUCGGUUAUUGGGCUCGUAGCUUCUUGCAAGAUUUGGAAAGGACUUGUAGUGAUCAUGUGAGGAGAAGGUGGUGGGGGAUUGGUUUUGGAUUGAGUUUUAGAGUUGUAGCACUUGAUCCAAACUUCAAGAAGCUAUCAAUGGAGCACAUAGUUUCGGCUUACAAGCGGACAAAAACUAGGGCGAUCCUUCUAGAUUAUGAUGGUACACUAAUGCCUCAGGCUUCCAUUGAUAAGAGCCCAACCAGUAAUUCCAUUAAAAUGCUUAAUAGUUUGUGUAAUGAUGAGAACAACAUGGUGUUUCUCGUCAGUGCUAAAGGCCGAACGAAGCUUGCUGAGUGGUUUUCUGCUUGUGAAAAUCUGGGAAUUGCUGCUGAACAUGGUUACUUUUUAAGACUUAGGCGGGAUGCAGAAUGGGAAACCUGCGGACCUGUAACAGACUCCAGUUGGAAACAAAUUGCCGAGCCUGUGAUGAAGCUUUAUACGGAAACAACCGAUGGAUCCACAAUUGAAGAUAAAGAGACCGCACUUGUUUGGUGCUAUGAGGAUGCAGAUCCAGAUUUUGGAUCGUGCCAGGCUAAAGAACUUCUUAAUCAUCUUGAAAGUGUGCUUGCAAAUGAACCAGUAACAGUGAAGAGUAGCCUGAAUAAUAUAGAGGUUAAACCACAGGGUGUGAACAAGGGACUUGUAGCUAAACGCCUACUUUCGACCAUGCAAGAAAAGGGAAUGUCACCUGAUUUUGUCUUGUGUAUCGGAGACGACCGGUCUGAUGAAGACAUGUUUGAGGUAAUCACUAGCUCCGGUUCUUCCAUGGCACCCAGGGCUGAAGUAUUUGCAUGCACUGUUGGUAGAAAACCCAGUAAGGCAAAGUACUAUCUGGAUGAUACUACUGAUAUAGUGAGAAUGGUGCAGGGUUUAGCCUCUGUUUCAGACCAAACAGGUCUAUUCUAGGCAUGGUAAAGAUAAUGGUGAAAAUUGAAAUGUUUACUUUCCUGGAUAUUCCUUGUAAAUUAUUUUAGUUAUGGGUUCUUUAUUUUGGUUCAACUUCUCAAUCUGUCUUGGGAAAACUUGUAUAUAUGUUUCUCAUUGUGAACCCUGCUUUGGAUACCUUAAUCCACAUGAUACUACUGGUUGUUUCGGAUUUA